UUAGAAAUCAUGGACUGCAGAGACUAGAAAUGGAGCUCUACUAAUUUGUGUAUAUAUAUUCACCUUCUCCCACUGCUCUUUCUCCUCAUUGGCGCUGGUGGUCAUGGGAGACCUCAAGCAUUUAGUGGUGGCUAAGUUCAAAGAAGGGGUUGUGGUUGAAGAGAUAAUUCAAGAGAUGGAGAAGUUACUGAAGGAGAUCGAAGCAGUCAAAUCCUUUGAAUGGGGUCAGGAUACUGGAAGUGAAGAGAUGCUGAGACAAGGUUUCACUCAUGUCUUUUUAUUGACAUUCCGUAGUUCAGAAGACUUCACUGCAUUCCUUGCUCAUCCUCGCCAUGUUGAGUUCUCUGCCUCUUUUUCUGCAGCAAUAGAGAAAAUAUUGUUGCUUGAUUACCCUGCUGUUGUUGUCAAGACACCUGCAUGAUUAGAAGUGUGAUCUAUGAAGAUUUCAGGCUUUUGUAAUUCUCUAAGAUAUCCUGAUGGGUUUCUGUGUCUUAAUGGACUACAGAAGUUAAAUAAUAUGUUCUAGUUGCAUGCUUAGCUUAGUUUCUAUGUUUGUAUGGUUUCUAUCUGUGUUUGUGAAUUAAAGUUGGAAAGCUAUG